AUGUCCAACGCAACAUCGUUCAGACGAUCGCAAACCGACCUCGGACCCUCGACUUCAAAUCCAAUGCGGCAUGACUCGACAGCCUCGACUGUGUCAUCAGCCUACACUGUCUUCUCAAACUCAGAUGUUCCCAGUCGGACCAGUACCAUUUCCUCGAAUGCAUCGUCACUAGCCAGCUUUGGCCACAGACGUGGCAAAAGUGAACUAGGUACUUUCGUGCCAACCAUGGCCACCAUGCCUGAGAAGAAUGUCACUGCAGCAGAAACAUACGGAAGUAUCCGGCGCUCGCUACGACCACUGCCACAAGCACCAAAUUCUUCGCCAAAGAGCUCGCUAAAGGAAACGACUAACCGCCAUGCUAGGAGCUAUACCAUUGACGAGACCGCAUAUCGAAAUUCUGUUUCCCCAGUUGGCACACCGGAACGCAGGAUAAGAUGGCAAGAAAACGAAAUAUUAGAUCACCAAUCAUAUUCUCCGACACCUCCUCGUCCGAAGUCUCAGCAAUCGCAAAACCAUUUUAGUCCCCAUCCGCCGACCUUAACCACGGCAUUCACCGCCCCUGAACUCGAAACCUUCCAAAAGUCAUCUACCGGUCACCUUCGAACUCUCUCAAAGUUUGCCAAAUCCGGGGAAACCGAUGAGUUUGCGAUUGAUUCAACAAUACCGUCCGUUGUUGGACUUCAGGGUAGAAGACGUCUUAAGCGGUCGGAUUCAGUACGAGGAACUCCUCAUCCAAAAAGAAAGAAUUUACCUGCAUCCUCCUGGGCCGCAGGCAAUUGGAUGGACAAGCAAAGACAGUUCCUUCAAGCCUACGAAUAUCUUUGCCAUAUUGGAGAAGCGAAAGAAUGGAUCGAGGACGUCAUUCAAAAAGAGAUCCCACCAAUUGUUCAAUUGGAGGAAACUUUGCGUGAUGGCGUAACUCUGGCUGAGAUUGUACAAUCUCUAUAUCCUAAUCGAAUGCUGCGCAUCUUCCGACAUCCAAAGCUUCAGUACCGUCAUUCAGACAACAUUGCGCUUUUCAACCAAUUCUUGGAUGAGGUUGCAUUGCCUGACAUAUUUCGCUUUGAAUUGAUUGACUUGUAUGAGAAGAAGAAUAUCCCCAAGGUGAUUCACUGUAUCCAUGCCCUUUCGUGGUUAUUAUUCAAAAACGGAAUUGUCGAUUUCCGUAUUGGUAACUUGGUGGGUCAACUUGAAUUCGAACAUCAUGAACUCGAACAAACGCAAAAGUGUCUGGAUAAAUCUGGUGUUAGCAUGCCUAGCUUUUCUGGAAUGGGGGCUACAUUUGGUGCAGAACCGGAGCCUGAGCCUGAACCGGAGCCACCCGAGACCGAAGAAGAACGGAUAGAACGCGAAUUACAUGAGAAUGAGACGUCUAUAACUGAUCUUCAAACACAAAUACGAGGCGCUGUCCUACGAAUCCAACUAGGACAAACUAUGAAUCAGCUUUGGGAUAACGAACAUUGGAUUGUUGAUCUCCAGUCUAGGGUACGUGGUGACUGGGCACGCCAAAUUAUCGGCUAUCGAUUGAGCAUGCGUCAAUUUGCGGUCAGCCUGCAAGCCAUUUCCCGUGGUUAUAUAGUGCGUGCUAGGAGAGAGAGGGAUGAGAAGUGGUGGAGAAGAAAGGUAGACGAUGUCCUGAGAAUACAGAGCUUGGUCAGGGGCAGGAAGACUAGGAGCCAAGUUGAGCACUUAAAGACUAGGAUCCGAAAGGAGGUGUCAGGAAUUAAAACCUUCCAAUCCGCAAUUAGAGGAGCCUUGCAACGAAAACAGGCUUUCAACCAAGUUGAACAAACCAGAGGCGCCGAGUCAGAGAUAAUGUCUCUUCAAGCUGCCGUUCGAGGUAUGCAACUCCGUUCUCUAUUGAGCAAAAACGCUGCUCGGCUCCGGGUUGAAGCUCCAUCCAUUGUCUUCAUUCAAUCAGCUGCUCGAGCUUUAAUGGAAAGGGCCCGCCUAGCAGAAUUAGAGGACAAACUUCAGGGUUUAGGUAGACAUUGGUCUAUUUUGCAGUCUUCCAUUAGAGGAAGAAAGGUUCGCAAGCAGCUCGAGAUUUUUCGAAGCCAACUAAGCGAACAGCGGGAGUCGGUGAUACUACUUCAGAGCGCUGUUCGGGCAAAGGGUACUCGAUCAAGAAUCGACGGGCAAAUGGCCUUGCUGAAACAAGAAGAUCAUCAAGUUACGCUUUUACAGUCAGGUAUUCGAGGUAUGCAGUCGAGGCAUCAAGUCAACGCCAAUCUUCAAGGUCUUCGACAAAACGAAAAGACGUUUAUCACACUCCAAUCUCUUGCCCGAGCCGCGAUGGCCAGGAAAGAUAUUGGUCAGCUACUUUAUCAACUUGAUGAUUGUGAUAAUGAAAUCAUACAGCUCCAGGCCCUUGCCAGAGCUGUGCUUGUUCGUCUUGAUGUUGGAAAUCUAUUGUCCGACUUGGAGGCUGAAGAAGACAUAAUCGUCAAUCUCCAAGCAUGCAUCCGUGGAAGCUUUGUACGACAAGCCUUUGCUGAAAAACAACGCUUUUUUCGACAAAACAUGGAAAAGGUCAUCAAGGUGCAGAGCUUCGUCAGAGGCAAAAUACAAGGCCAGGCAUACAAGAGCCUUACAAGCGGCAAGAAUCCGCCAGUAGGAACAAUAAAAGGCUUCGUUCACCUGCUCAACGACAGUGACUUUGAUUUUGACCAGGAAAUUGAAUUCGAGCGACUCAGGAAAACAGUGGUUCAACAAGUACGACAGAACGAAAUGGCAGACCAAUAUGUCACGCAACUGGAUAUUAAGAUCGCUCUGUUAGUUAAGAACAAAAUCACUCUGGACGAAGUUGUCAAACAUCAAAAGCAUUUUGGGGGACACUUCGGAUCCCUUCUGUCAAAUUCCAAUAUGUCCUCGAGAGACCCAUUUGACCUCAAAGCCCUGAACAAGAAUUCGAGAAAGAAACUAGAGCAAUAUCAGGUCCUGUUCUUCCUUCUUCAAACUCAACCACAGUACCUUGCCAGAUUGUUCCGCAAAUUACGGGAACAAAACUCUGGGGAGAAGGAGUAUGAAAGGACAAAGCACCUAAUCAUGGGACUUUUCGGCUACUCUCAGAAGAGGCGCGAAGAAUAUUAUCUCAUCAAAUUAAUUGUGAGGUCCAUCAAAGAGGAAAUCCAAAGCUGCCCGUCUCUCCAAGACUGGGUUCGAUGUAACUCGUUCUGGAUCAAACUUUUCACAGCUUAUGUCAAGUCACCGAGAGAUCGGAAGUUCCUACGUGAGGUUUUGAACCCACUUGUAAACGAAUGGGUUCUCGAGAACUCCGAACUCGACCUUGAAAGCGAUCCCGUGCAAAUCUAUCGUUCAGCUGUUAGUAACGAAGAACUUCGCACGGGCCACAGAAGCAGGCGUCCACUUGAUGUACCAACAGAAGUAGCCAUCCGGGAUCCAGAGACGCGAGCGAUCUUUAUUCAACAUUUGCAAGAUCUUCGCGACAUUACUGAUCAAUUCCUAGGGAGCUUCCAGGAGUGUCUUCUACGAAUGCCGUUUGGAAUUCGUUAUAUCGCAAAAGAGCUGUAUGAAUGUCUUCUUGCUCAAUACACCCAUGAGGACCCUGGAUUCAUCCUUCAAGUGGCCGGCCAGUGUAUCUGGAAGAACUACUUCCAGUCUGCAGUCCUUGAACCCGAGAAGCAUGGUGUGAUAGAUCGUGGUUUGAACCCCAAACAUAAGAAGAAUCUUGGUGAAAUUUCCAAGGUGCUUUCCCAAGUGGCAUCAGGGCGAUUGUUCGGCAACGAGAAUGUCUACCUCCAACCAUUGAAUAAUCACGUAGGGGACUCGAUCUUACGUCUUGGGGAGAUUUGGGGGAAUCUAAUAUCGGUACAGGAUGCAGAGUCUUAUUUUGACAUCGAUGAAUUCAAUGAUCUCUAUGCAAAGACUAAACCUACACUGUACAUCAAAAUGUCCGAUAUUUUCUCAAUUCAUCAACUGGUCGCAAAUGAUGUCAAUUUCUUAUGCACGACACGGGAUGACUUCCUCAAGGACAUCAUACGGGAGCUCGGCAAUGUUAAAUCUAAUGAAAGUGAGCUCAUGACAGUCAGUACAUCGGAGAUCAGUUUGACGUUACACCCAAGACUCGCGAACACAGAAGAUCCCGAAGCCAGCAUCAAGACCCUAUUUAUGGAAACAAAACGAUGCAUUCUAUAUAUCAUUAGGGUGCAGUCAGGGGCAAACCUCAUGGACGUCAUGCUUAAACCGCCCACAGAAGAGGAUGAGCAACGGUGGAUGUCCCUUGUUCACGAGGAACUCUCUACAAACAAUAAAAGGAAAGGCGCCUACUCGGAAGCAAACACACUCCUCGAUCUCAGCACGAUGAGUUACGCCGAUUUGAAGAGUGUUGCACUCGAAAAUAUUUUACAGUUAGAAGCAGCAGGGAAAAUCAACCGUCACAAUCAAUACCAAGACAUCUUGAAUGCAAUCGCAGUGGAUAUCCGAACCAAACAUCGACGCAGAAUCCAACGUGAGCGAGAACUUGAGAGCGCUCGGUUGACCUCAUCGAGGUUGAACGAUCAGGCUGUCUAUCUGGAGCAACAAUUAAAGACUUACAAUGAUUACAUUGAGCAAGCAAUGAUCACACUGCAGAAUAAGAAAGGGAAAAAGAGGUUUUUGCUUCCCUUUACGAAACAGUGGGACCAUGAGCGUGAGUUACAGAAGACAGGACGCGUUUUCAAAUUCGGCUCGUACAAGUACUCAGCACGCAACCUCGCCGACAAGGGAGUGCUGGUACAGUGGAAAGGCUACACGGAGCGCCAAUGGGAUCGAGUUGACCUUACAAUCUCUAGUAAUGAGGUUGGAAUAUUCACGCUGGAUGGAAGCAGUGGUAAUAUGAUGAUACCUGGAGCAAACGCUCAGGUACCGCUAGACGAUCUUCUCCAGGCGCAAUUCAACAACACUCAAUUCCUAGACUUUUUCGAAGGCUGUCUCCGUGUUAAUGUCAACCUCUUUCUGCAUCUAAUCAUGAAGAAGUUCUAUAACGAGUAA